UGACAAUGUUAUUUUGUUAUUAAAAUUAAAAAAAAAAAUCAAUUGCAAUUUAAUUCAAAUGUUUAAAUGAUAAAUAAUUAUGGUUUAGUAGUUAAAAUGUUUUAUUUGUGCUUGUUUUUGGUGCUCGUUGAAUAUUGUUUAAGUUUAGAUGGUUUGGAUGCAUUGCGCUCAGGUAUAGCAGUUGAGUGCGAUCAACGCCAUGAGGCUUAAAUCGAUAGCCGAGGAGCACGGCUCAUCACAUAACUUAUUAAAAUUUAUUUUAGGCCACUUUUACCAUGAGUGGCCAAAACACACCAGCAUCUCAUCCACUAGACGAAAACGAUGACAAAGGUGUAUCGUGUUCUACACGUCCACCAGCUCUAGGACAAGAGCACUUGGAUUCUCACCAUGAACAUGGUUGGAAUCAAGAACAACAAGAGUCAUCCACCCAUUGUCCACAAUCACAUACACAAAAAUCAACUAUCGCUACCACUGAUAUUAGUAUCAUAAAUUAUUGUCCAGAAAGUAGUCAAUCAGAAAAUAGUCCAACACCUAGUUCCGAACGACCCACACAAUUGUGUGGUCAAAGUAUAACGCCCACAUCUGAACGAUUAACUGUGUUAAGUGAUGCCAGUUUACCCUACGAAGAUGUUCCUGACGGUGGCAACAAAACAUUUGGUACAAAUACUUCCUCACAAUUAAAAAGGCCUCAAACAUUAUUGCCAGAUAAAUGUGCUACUAACAUAGAUACGUUUCGAACUUCGUCAUCUUCAUCCGAUUAUCAUCGUGCUUCCACUAAAACUUUAUAUACUGAAUAUCAUCCGUCAGCGCGCAUUAUUAGUCCAUCGUUUGAAUCACAACCGCCAUCUUUUUCAUCUACAUCAUAUGAAUCAAGAUCUCCAUUAGAUUUCCAAGUACCUGGCUCAGUACCUGUUCGAUUUGAUUGCCUUCCAGAAUCUGAUCCACAUGCAAGUUUACGUCCUUGGUUACGAUGGGCUUUAGCUUUGCAUUAUCUAUUACAUGAUGCGAAAGGUGUUAAUUUAUUCCGAAGAUAUUUACUCACCGAAGGUAAACAACAUGUUGACGCGCUCGAAUUUUGGUUUGCCGUUGAAGGUCUACAUGGACAAAUUACACCAGAAACGGUAGCACAACUAGUUAAAGUUAUUUAUAGACGAUAUUUUACAAAAGCACAAUUACCAAUUGACGAUCAAAUGAGACGUGAUGUGGCUCAUAAAUAUAAGAUGGCUGCGCCCCAUAUGCUUGCUGAUUUAUUUGAUGUCGCACAAAAUCAUGUUGAAACACUUAUGAGGCAAACCACUUAUCCAAAUUUUUUAAAGAGUGAUAUUUAUUUAGAUUAUGUACAGCAAAUGCAAGUUGUCGGUGAAAGUAGUUCAAAUGAUUUCACUAGUGAUAGUGGAGGUGAAUUAAGUUCAGGUGGUUCUAGUGGAUGUAUUAGUAUUCGAGAUCUUCCACCAACAGCUGGAGGGAAUGGUGGCCCCUUGCCAACAUUACAUGAAGAUAGUGAAUUAGUUACAGAUUAUUAUUAUCCACCGCCAGGAUACUUACAUCAUGGGCAGCGUAGUCCGUUAUGUAGUCCAUUUGAACCUCCUCGACUGACAAAAGACUUAUUACUACAAACACAAAAACGUAGAGCACUUGAAGUUCGACCAAAGUCUGAAACAUUAGCUGGAGUACCCCCAAUCCCAUUAUCAACAUAUCAUGCAGCAUAUUCCGGUUAUAACCCUGUUUCCCGAGUGGAUAGCGAACUGCAAUCCCUUAGCAGUCAUUCAGAUGCAAGAACUGAAUCGGAUAACAUGUCCGUUACGGAUGUUAGUUCAAUUGAUGGUAGUUCAAUACAUCAACGAGCAGUACGAAGAAAACAAGCCCGCCAAGUUCGUGAAGCAGCUAGUAUAAAUCGUGAAAGUUCAUCUAGUGGUCAUAUGAUUAUUCCUCGUACACAGAGGCCGCCACGUGAUCACUUAAAACCACUAUCGCCUAAUGAAUUUGCCAAACAAUUAACGGAAAAAUUAGAAAAUGUUUUAAAAGAACGUGACGUGCAAGAGCAAUUAGAUAGAAAAUUACAAGAGUUAUGUGUAGCUAGCGAUUGUGCCAGUAGUAGUAUGGUUGGUGAUAUGAUGCCUGAAAUACCACCUAAUGUGCCCUCAUCAUUACCUGUUGCUGAAGUGCCUGCAAGAGCUUUGGCUGCUGCACUUAAAGAAAAAUUAAAAUUAGAUGAUGAUAAUGAUCAAGAUAUUCUUGAUCAACACGUAUCAAGAGUAUGGGCCGAUUUAACACCCAAUCGAUCACCUGGAAGGCUUACACCUCAAGUAGCGAUAAGACCUCGUAAUAUACGUAAAGAACGUGAUGUACAUUCAACAUUUAGUUCUGAUUCCGGUAAUGUAAUGGACUUUACAGAAGGUUCUGUAUCUGGUAUAACAGGAAUUGUUAAAAGUAAAUCCAUGGGAGAAUAUAGUCAUGAUAAUGAGAGAUUUAUACGAUUGGGAGUAAAUAGAAGGUCGUCCAGUAGAAAAACUCUUACAGACUUGACAGAUAGUGGUGUUAGUGUUGUGUCAGAUACAUUACCUAUUAUUUCUGGAGCAAGUACUGCAACUGGAAAGGACAGUCGUGUCUUAUCAUGGUUAUUUGAAUCAGAUCGUACGGCGAAAAUGUCACAAAGUAAUUCCGUUAUUCCAAAUUCACCAACAGCCAGACAUAGGAAAGGACACAGUCAUUCACGUUCAUCGUCGUUAGAACGAGGUAGUACGGCGAGUAAUCCUUCAAUUACGCAACAAACAACAAUUCUUCCUGCAGCUAGUACUUUACCAAUUGAGCGAAUAAGUGAUAGGCGUCGUGGUGAACCAAGUCAACCAUUCGUUGCCGAUCCUGGUAUGCCGCCAUUACCAUCUCCUCACACGCCUACACAACUAGAAGAAGCUAGACGACGAUUAUUGGAAAGUGAUACUAGCAGUAGAAAUCGACAUAAAGAUUCAUCAUCAAGCCAGUCAACGCUAAGAAAAGGAGGAAAUCAAGGAUCAUCUUCAUCAAAUGCUUCCAAACCUUAUACAACUGUAGUAUUUAAUUUUUGCGAUGAACAGUUCCCGUAUCGUACAAAAAUACCCAGUGUCCCUGUAACGUUAAAGCAAUUUAAGGAUUAUUUGCCUAAAAAAGGAAAUUAUAGAUAUUUCUUUAAAACUGCAAUUGCCGAGUUGGACAAUCAAGUAAUUCAAGAAGAGUUAAGUUGUGAUUCGGACAUUUUGCCAUUAUGGGAUGGAAAAAUAAUGGCACAAGUAAAGCCAAUUGACUGAAAAAGUUUUUAUACAUUUACGUGUUACUUUUAUUUUUUAUUGUGAAUACGGAGAAGAAGAUCGAAGGUUUUUUAAUUAUUAUUAUUAUUUUUUUUGUUAUGUAAAACAAAAUGCAAACAGACUGUUGUAUAGCGAAAUAUAUUAUAUAUAGUAA